ACCACCUUGCAUGAAAAUCAUAUCGGCAUUCUGUCUUCCCAAGCUCUGUUUUAUGUUCCUGCACGUACUACCACUGUCAAAUUCAUUUUUUUUUCAUUUUGAUUUCUCGUCAGUUGUUGAGCAACCAUGUUCGGGGGGUUUGGAGGCAGCACCGGCACACCUGCAUUUUUCACACCAGCUACAGCAUUCUCACUUAGUAAUCCUUUGUCACCCACUACUUUUGGAUUUGGGACGCCAUCAUCAAUAUCUGCCUCUUCUCCAUCACCAUUCGCUUCCUCUUCCAGACCCCCUCCUUUGUUUGGUUCAGCAUUACCAUCAUCGCAGCCUGGCUUUUCUUCAUCCAAUGCCAAUACUAUGCUUGGACAACCUCCUCCUUUAUUUGGCCAACCCACUGCCAAUGCAGCUCAAUCUCAAUAUGGACACACUACUCAACCAACAUUUGGACAACUGGCACCUACAGUACCGCAAUUCACUAACAUAUCUCAGAUGGCACCCAUUGAACCUUCGCCAUUCUGUCUGCCUGAUAAAGAUAUCCAGGCAAUUUUGGAUUCAUAUAAACGCGAGCAGGAGAACUCGGGUUACGGUUUCGAGCAUUUAAUGUUUAGUGUGAUUGAUCCAUCUAUGCGUGUCAAGCCAGUUGGUGUAUCUGAUGUAAUGUGGAGAGAAGCAAUGGAUAAAAUUGAGGGUAUGGACAGUCCUGAUCGAGAAAGAAUAUGGCCAGAACUUGUUCGAGGUUUCAAAGAUCUUUCAAAUAGGUUGAAGUUGCAAGAUGAGGCGUUAGCUCUCGAUGCUCAAAGACUUCAAGCCACACAAAAAAAUGUGAAACUGCUUGAAAGACAUUUUCAAGUGGAAACUAUGCCUUGCAUUCAACGCCUAAGGCAAAAGGAAAAAUUAAUACAAAGGCGCCUUUUGAGGGUUAUGAGGAUGGUUGAGGCUCUGGAAGGAUUUGCUCUAUUUCUCCCAAGCACAAAAGAAGAAACUCAGUUGGGAGAAAAAUUAGUUGCUCUUUCUCGACAAUUCCAAGGUCAGGGUGCAGAAUUACUGAGGAGGGUACGCACACUUUCAUCAAUGAGCCGAAUGCAAGAUCAAUCUGGAGGAGCUGCCACAUUGUUUCCUGAAUUGGAAAAAGUCGAUGAUCAAUGCCUUGGUGAAAUGCAUGAGGUUAUAAACCAGCAAACUGACGCCAUUUCUCGCCUUGGCACUUUGCUAAAUAAGGAUAUGAGAAAUUUGCAGAUUAUGAAGCCAAAAGAAACAAACAUGUGAGGUGGGUCCCUUGAAAGUGUUUUGAGAAAACUUAAGUGAAUGGAAGGCUCCGAGGGAAAUGUUGCAGUGGAGCUGGAGUAUUCUUCAUGGCAUCGCCAAUCUUUUUAAUGCUUUGUUUUGAUCGGUAUUUGAUAUCUGGUCUUUUCUCUGAACAAACCAGUCAAAAACUUUGAACAAAUUUAUUUUGAGUCUCUUACGUAGAAUUAUCGGUAAUCUUCUCCCAAAUUUAACAAGUGUUUGUUAUUAUCAAUAUUUAAUUCUGACAAACAUAGCAAGAUUACA